UUAUGUAAGUUCAGCUGCCUAGGGAAACCUGAUCGUUUACCCAGAGAAGUGGUCAGCCCUCACAUACAAAAGGAUAUCCUAUGGUUGGAGAAGCAGGAGGGAUCUUUAAACUUUAAGUUUGGAAUAAUCUACGCUAAACCUGGACAGUUUAUGGACGACGAACUCCUCUCAAACCAAGCAAAUAGUACUGCAUUCAACAACUUUCUCUCUCUUAUAGGGCAAAAAGUGAGGUUAAAAGACUUUGGUGGAUACAAGGGAGGACUUGAUGUACGCGGAGAUAUGACAGGACAGUACAGUUAUUACACCAAGUUCGAGGGUCAUGAAAUCAUGUAUCAUGUCUCUACACUUCUUCCUUUCUCUACUGAUGACAUUCAGCAGGUUGAGAGAAAGCGACAUAUUGGGAAUGAUAUUGUAAAUAUUGUGUUCGUUGAUGGCACCUUACAAGAUCUUCUCAGGUUCAAUCCGUUAUUUAUAAAGAGUCAGUUCACUCAUAUCUACGCUGCAGUCUCCUACCAACAUGAUACAUCACAAUAUCAUCUUACAGUCUUCUCAGAGAAAUCUGUUCCAUUAUUCAGUCCUUCUCUUCCUUAUCAGUCAGGAUUCUCAGAUCAUCAAGAAUUCAGACGGUUUCUGUUGGUGAAAUGUAUAAACGGAGAGAAGGCGACCUAUAACACUGAUGUCUUUGCUACUAAAAGAGAAAGAACUUAUCAGCUGUUGCUAAAGGAUAGUUUAGAGCAGUAUGGUGGGGGGGAGGAAAGUAAACCUGCUCGGGAUCGAAUGGUUCUCUCCGAGGGUCUUCAAGACACUGCUCGGACUUAUUGGAAGAAAGAUAAUUCAAGAAAGGAUAUUUUCGUAAAGGUUGGGCAGUCCUUGAAGCUUGAAAAUAUGGUGUGUGGAUAUGGUAAGGAGAGACGAGAACGAAAAGAAACUCAACCUGGAGUUUCCAAACCCUGGCAACCUGUUAGUGUUCAUACCAGUCUUCAGAUAGAGAUUAUAGCUGGAGACUGCUGGGCAGGAGUAGGACUGUUAGUUGUUGCUAGAGAGGGGGGUUGGAUACUUAGACAGAACGGAGCUCCGGAGAAGGUGUUCUCCUUGUCUCCGAUAGUGCAAAUCAACAUCAUGGAGAGUCUUGGGAUUAUGGUCUUCAGGACGGAGAAGGUUGGGAAGGAUCAGGGUCUAGUCUACGUUUACAGAUUAGCAGAGUUACAGACUAACAGCAAAAUCUUGGGAAGAGAAGAGCUCAGGGAGCAUGGAUUAGAGCCGAGCAGAGGUUGCUCCGGGUACAGUGUAUCCAACAGGAAUCACAGCGGGCUGAGAUUGGCCAUUAUUGUUGGACGGAAAAUCCUUGUAUAUUCCUGGAUACAUGCUGAGGAGUGGAUUACAUUUACUGAUGAUACAGUUCAGGGGUUUACACAAGUUCAGGAGUUAACCUUCCUGGAGCAGCCCCUGGUGGUGUCCCUGGUGGAGAGAAGGAUGGAGAGGAAGGAGGCGGAGGUGGAGGGUAGAUCUGAAGGAAGUAUGGUGGUCGGAACACGGAAAGGAUUUGAGAUGGUAGAUGUGAGUACAGGGGCUAGAGAAGACAUUCUAACCAUAGAUUGUGAACCCUCUGAUGUACAGGAGAUCUGGGAGGAUGAGAGGGAGGAGCUCCUAGUGACCCACUCCUGCACCUCUCUGUUCCUCCGUGAGUCCGGAGCAGGUUCAUGGCAGGUUCUCAGGGAGAUACAAUGGAACUGCCAACCUAACAAGGUUGUGCCCGCCUUCCCUUACACCCUGGCAUUUUCUCCAGAUAGCUUUGAGGUUCGGUCAACUAUAAAUGGGAAUUUACUCCAAACCCUUCAUCUGCCUAAACUUAGUCUCAUUGCUACCAAAGACGACAUAUUCUUCACAACUACAAAAAUGAUUAACAAUCACCGGCGGCACUGUGAUAUGGAGCCGAUGUCAAAAUUCUGUGAUCCUCUCUACAAUAUUUACAAAAUACCCUGGGUUCUCCUCGUCAGACAUGCCCGGCCAGUCGUCUCUGUUGACCGAACAGUCUUGGACUCCGGUCCUUCCUCCUCCUCCUCCGGUUCUCCUUCCUGUCCUCUCUCUGCCGUAUCAGGUCCACCAUCCGCCGGUUUACCAUGGACUUCACAGAGCUUCGGUACCAGCCCAUAGAGCAGAGAGAACAGAGAGACCCAUAAAAUUGUUGAGUCGAAAUAAGACGAUUGUUAGACUCAACUAAAUGUUUGAUUAUGAACUUGAUAUUCCGCAAUUGUGGAUAAACAGGGUGUCCGACUGUAAUAUAAACGUUUUGCGAUAUAACAAAAUAUCCGCAACAUGUGUUGCAGAAAAAAAAAUACAAAUUCAGUUUUCCUAUACGCCAUUAUUUCGAUAAAACGUUUCACGGCAGUUUCACCUUUCUUUGGGUGGGCGGGUUAGAUAAUUUUGCACGGGUUAGAUAAUUUUGCACGAAGAAAGCCAAGGUCAAGGGCUACCUCAGAUACUUGCUUUCGUUGAAGAGUUAUUACUCUUCAAAGUCAACCCUUCCGAAAUACUUAUCAGAGUUUUAGUCGAUUUUUACGCUAGAGCUGAAUUAUGCAGAAAAUGGUGGUAUUUUUUAACACUUGUUAAAUAAACAGAAGUGAAUCCAGUUAGAAAACAAAACGUUCAUAUUUUGAUUACUCAAAAUGUUUUACAGAUUGGAAAAAUUCCAAACAAUAACAAAGUUACAGCAAUUUGAUUUGCAAGAUUAAAAGGACACCCUACAGUCAUUUAGUAAGUUAAAUUUCGAGCAACUGGUAAAACUAUUUGCAUUUAAUACACAUAAGAUUGGUAAGAUGUCGUCUUCCUAUUCCACAAUAUUAUGGGUUCUACUGUAUCUAUGAUAUUUUGAGAAAAUGAAUAACAACAAAAAAUAUUAUUUAAAAAAAAUUAAAUCCAUAGAAAUUAUAAAAAUGAAAGUACAUCUCAAAUAGAAUUAAAGACAGCACCAUCAAGUAACUGGUUACUUGUCUUAAAGGGAGUGUUUGCGAGAAAUUGAAGGGGGCUAUAGGCUUAUUGCGAUAAAAAAGCGCUUUUUAUCGCUACUGAUCAUACUGCUAUCUGU